CCCAAGUCCCGCUGGUUUCUUAAACGGCACCGUCACCGUUGCCCUUCCUUCCUCCCCUUCCUUCUCCUCUCCUCUCCUCUCGCGAUCCCUCGCGCUAAUGGAGGCGGCGGCCGCCGCAACGGAGGCGUCCAGAUUGCUUUGUUCUUUCACGAUUUCAACCCUUUUUGCCUCCUUCUAGCUCCAAAAGGUCUCGAACCCUACCAGGUAGGCUGGAUUGGAAGGUGAAAGGGGGUGGUAAUCUUGAAGAGGAAGAGACAGAUAGGGGGGAGCGAGAGCACGCCAUGGGCGAGUCCAUCCUUACCACCCUGUCCAUGGAGAACCACCACCUCCAUCACCACCCUUCCACCCUCCUCUCCAUGGAUCCUGCAGGCCUGCCGGGGAUGGCCAUCUCCCCUCUUGAAGACAGUGACCGGGAGCUCUCUGUCAUCCACCAGCAUCACCACAGCGCCCUUUCCAGCCCGCCGGACAUCAAUCUUCCUCUCUUGGUUGACCAAUCCCCUCCGCCACAGCCCUGGGAUCCUGACCCUAUGGAUAUGUUGGACGUCAGCCUGGGCCCCCAGAUCUGUGAGGCUGAUGCUCUCCUCAACCUCCCCAAGGCAGGUAGCAUUGCUAGUGCUGCCGGAGCCCGUAAGUGCGCCAAGAGAGGGGACAGCAUAUGGGGAGCAUGGUUUUUCUUCAGUUUUUAUUUUAAGCCUGCGCUUGUAGAGAAAUCCAAGUGCAAGGUCGUUCGAGAUGCAAAUGGUGUCUCAGGGUUUGACAAGUCCGACCUCCGUCUCGAUGUGUUUCUCGUCCAGCAUGACAUGGAAAACAUGUACAUGUGGGUCUUCAAGGAGAGGCCAGAGAACGCGCUGGGAAAGAUGCAGCUGCGAAGUUACAUGAACGGCCACUCACGCCAAGGAGAGCCUCAGUUCCCAUUUGGUGUUGACAAAGGGUUCAUGCGAUCUCACCGGAUGCAGAGGAAGCAGUACAGAGGGUUAUCUAACCCUCAGUGCGUCCAUGGGAUUGAAGUGGUAAGGUCUCCGAACCUUUCAGCAGUCAUAGAGGCUGAUCAUAAGAAGUGGAUGGAGCUCACUGGAAGGGACCUCAAUUUCUCCAUCCCCCCCGAAGCUAUCGAUUAUGAGUCCUGGAGGACUCUUCCAAGCACAGAUUUUGAGCUUGAGAGACCUCCACCACCUUUGAAGAAUACAUCACAACCCACUUCAAGGAAAUUGCUUAAUGGUUCGGGACUCAAUCUGUCAACCCAGCCAUCAAAUCAUUCAAGUGGAGAUGGUAUGGAUCUUUCUCCUGUGUGUAGUAAGCGCAGAAAGGACUUCUUUUCCCAUGGAGGAAAUGAGGAUUGCGGUAUGACUGGUAAUCCAUAUUCAGACAGGCCUCAGGAUAUGGAAGUACAUCCAGCUGAGCCUUCAUGGGCAAAUGAGUUCACUGGUGUGAUGAGGCAUGCAUGUGGCCCAGUGACUGCUGCGAAAACGAUCUAUGAGGAUGAAGAAGGAUACCUGAUUAUGGUUAGCCUGCCUUUCUCUGAUCAGCAACGAGUGAAGGUAUCCUGGAAAAACAAUCUUACACAUGGAAUAGUUAAAAUAUCCUGUGUCAGUACUGCUCGGAUGCCCUAUAUAAAGCGGCACGAUAGGACAUUCAAACUGACAGAUCCUUCCCCUGAGCAUUGCCCUCCAGGAGAAUUUGUAAGAGAAAUACCACUACCUACACGGAUUCCAGAAGAUGCAAAGAUCGAAGCCUACUACGAUGAAUCAGGCACCGUAUUAGAGAUUAUGAUUCCUAAGCAUAGUGCUGGCCCUGAAGAGCAUGAGGUUCAAGUAUGUAUGCGCCCUCCUCAUCUUGGUGCCAAUGACCUUAUGUUGACCUGAUGGGCAGUAAUUUAGUGUGCUUUUGUUUGGUUUCCAUGGUCAAUUUUUCAUUGUUUACUAACUUUAUCUCAUCAAAAGGAAUUGAUGGAAUGAAAAGCUCACCCUUAUUAUUGAGCUUCUCUUGCAACUUUGUUCCACCGGCUCUUUAUUGUGUUAUUUGUAGUCGGAAUACAAACCAGGAACAUUGAAAAAUUAGUGACAAUUUGAUCAGUCUUAGGUACAUUUGCCCAUAAUUAAUUAUUUAUUCAUGAGAAAA